GUCUCUAGCUUUUCUUCUUGCUUAAUAUAUGUUUUUAGAAGCUGUCUGUCCUUUAUGUCUCUUUACGUCUGGCCGUCCCCUACACAGAUGUAUCAUAUCUAAUUUGCUGGAAGUGAGAGCAGUCAAGCGAGAAACCUGAUAACCAACCACCUAAACCUGACACGGUUAGACACGAAGGGAGAAGAAGAUGGAAUAUCCAUUUUUCUCUUGAAACAUCAACCCCUAACAAGGUCGCUGACGUCCAUUGCAUCGUCUUUCUUCUCAGAGUCGGUGUCAGGAUAUCCGAUCGCCGUCUUGCGCUCCAUGCAGUCAAAUUUGUUGCCCCUGUAGCGUGUAGUCCUAGAAACAGGAGUUUGAAAGAGUAUUCCAGCAUCCGCAUCAAACCACGUGAUACACUGUCUGAGAUAUCUACUCGACAUUUUGAGGCAGUUAUUUUCUGUUUGCUGCUUGGCGUAAAAACCAUACAGAAUGGUACUGUUUAUUCCUAAUUGACAGAGUAAAUAAUCCACACAUAUACAAAGGAAAUGACGACAUAAAGCCUGCGUUUAGCUAUAUUCACGGAAAGAAGUUCCUAAUGUGAUUUGAGAAGACAACGCAGAGAGCACAUAGGAACUAUCCAAUCAGAGUGUCAAGACGAUUUAUUCUCAGUGAGAUAGUUAUAAAGACUUAGCGUAUAGAAGAUACAAAGCUGAACGUGCCUACUCAUCACCAUAAACAUAAUUAUAUUAUGUCAUCUCAAAUAGUGGAGCAAACAGGUAGUUGUUUCAUAGUAUCGAAAAGUUGGAAGAUGUAUUGUUAGUAACUCCAUUUCUUAGUGUACAUCGGCUUUGGAGCAUGUAGACCGACUUUUGCCUCAGGAAAACAAAAUAUUUUAGGAAGUGCUUGCGAGCCCACACUUUGAGAAACACCGGUCUAGAUGACACACAGACUUUAGUGGAACUUUUAGGCUUAGCUGACCCCAGGUUUUUCAAAAUAUUAUGUAGUACGCUGCUGGUCCCACAGCGGAUCAUUGAUCUUCCUUACGAAGAGGACCACCAAGAGACAAUACUGGCCUGUGUUAUUUGAAGGGAUCACUCACUUGUACCAGAUCAACAGAGACAAAAGGUGCUUGCUUACCAGCACCAACUACUACGUAGCGCACCAGCGAAUGUCAUGAAGCAACGAGCAGUACUAAAGAAAAAGAGAAAAACGGGCAGAGACUUGCAGAAAAAAAAUCAUAAUUUGAAUGAUAGAGAAACAAACAAAGCAUCCACUGGUGAAGUCAAAUUAGUGGAUCCAGACAGAAAUGAAGAAAAUAGGUUGAUGGAAAAGAAAAAUAUAAUCAUUAAGAAAAUAAACAAGGCUUCCAAGAAAAAAUACGUAUCAAACGAAGAAUCAAGUCACGAUCUGUCAGCAAUAGAAAGAGGUGGAAACAAAACGUCUCCGACCGAAGAAGGAGCCGAAGAAAAGGCCACAUUCGAAUGUUCACAGACACAAGAACGUCUUUACUCGUGCCCUUUGUGUGAAGAAGUGGUUGAUUCAUCUCAUUCAUUUACCUUUCAUAUUCGUCAACAUAACCCUAACGACCAUAGCAGGACUUGUCGUGUUUGUGGCAAAACUCUCAGCUCUACUAGUUCUUUGGAUCGACACAUGCUUGUCCAUUCAGGAGAACGCCCUUUCAAGUGCAAAGUUUGCAACAUGGCGUUUACUACCAACGGAAACAUGCAUCGCCAUAUGCGAACCCAUAGUACUACAGAUAACAACCAAGAAGGUAAAAAAAAUUCAAAAGAAUCUAAAUGUAAGUCUAAGCCCAAACGAAAUCUUUAUGAAGAUCAAAAUAAUGAUACUUCAGAUACUGUUAUGGAGAAAUUAUGCACGAGUUCUGAAGCGGUAGACAAACGCAGCAAUAAUUCUUGUAGUUUUCCCGCCUUUGAAAAGGGUUUAAACGAGCAUCAAAGCAGUACGGACACAACAACUCAUGAUUCACCUACGUUUAGUAACAGUAUUUGUAUCGCGAAAGACUGUAACACAGUUUCCAUACAACGCUGUUCAACUACGCCGGAAAAUGCUAAAGAAUGUGAAUCACGGAAAGCUCUUGAACCACCGACUGUUGGCUUUCAUGAUGUAACCUUUGUUGAUUUUUCUUUGGAUAAGUUUUCUUUAAUUGCAAAAACUUAUUGUGAGCAAAACAAACGACGUCCGAGUAGUGCCUUUCACAGUUUUCAAUGUCCAGACUGUAACAAAGGAUUUCCAUGUGAAAGUGCCCUUCGUCUUCAUAAAAUGAACCAUGAUGAAGAAAUGACGACUCAUUGCACUAGCUGUCAAUGCUACUUUGAUUCCCCACUGUCCGAACAGUUGCACCGAUUAAAACAUGUGGCUACUGAAAGCUGCUUUGAUGAAUCACAUCUAAACAAAGAUGCUACAGAUUCCGAUUCAAAUUAUAUGGAACCUAAAAAACAGGAUUUCCUUGCGUUGCUAGAACUACAGAGUAAGGGAUUCGAAGUUGCAUUGAAAUCAACAUCAAAUCGUGAGAUUCGAGAAGGGCUUUUUGAGAAUCCAUCGUAUUUCAUUUAUGGAAAAUCAGAAAAAGAAGUUCUAAAGGGAUUGGCCAUUGAACCAGCUAGUGACUUUGCUGAUAUUCAAUCAAUUCUGUCUGUUACUUCUAAAUCACCGCUGUUGUUCAACAUUCAUUCUUCCCAUGUAGCUCCCCCACUUUCUUCACAACCUCGCCCUAUCACUAGCAUCUUAUCGAAAUCCCCUUUGGCAGUCAACACAGCCACAGUCAGUUCUUCUUCUCCAUCUAAAACUGACCUGAUCUACUCCAUAAAGAAGACAAAUGUUGACACUGAACCAGAAACUGAACUUCAAAUUCAUGAAAAUGGAAGAUUUCUUUGUGAAUAUUGUAACAUUACCUUCAAAAGUGCAAGUACUUUCAAAAAACACACAAGAUGCCACUCACAGGAAAGUACAACUUACUCCUGCUCCAUGUGCUCCUAUACCAGUUUAGACAAAAGCACACUGAUCCGUCACUUACGAACUCACAAUGGGGAGAGGCCUUUCCAAUGUGGUAUAUGUCAGUAUGCCUUUACUACCAAAGCCAACUGUGAACGUCACGUCAGAAAACGUCAUAAAAAGGCCAACAAGACGGAGAUUCGAAAUGCUAUGCAAUACAAUCCCAAUAUGGCUGAACUAAAGUCACCCAAAGAGGUUAAUACAAAGACGAGUGUAUGUAAGUAUUGCAAUGUGGACUUCAAGUUCAGUCGCGUGCUUCGACAUCAUCUGAGGUCACUACACAACAGCUGUAGCCGAAAGCCCUUCUGUUGCACAAUCUGUCAUUUAGGGUUUUCAACGAAGAACAACUGUAUCAGGCACGUCUCAAAGCAACACCCUGAUAUGAAAGAGAAACUCAGUGAGGCUGUGUCUGCAAAUGUUACAAAUGACACGUCUGACCAAGAUUCCCUUAUUUUAUCAGACGAAAGUCCACAAAAAGACGAUUGCCGCAAGUCAUCAUCCGGGUCCCAGUCUGAGACUUCAUCAAAAAUAAACAAAUUUAUGAAUUUGGCCUUGCCUUUAGAACUUACUUCUCGACCGCCAAGUAGAGCAGAUAGUGCAGAUCUAAGUAGUAUAGACGAUAUCGUUUCAGCUGCCAACACUCUGGUCAUCCUUUCAAGCAUGUCUCCUCCACAAGAGGAACCAUUGAAUUUAGCCGUGCAUGCAUUGGAUCUUAGUGUGAAACCAAGUCUGAAAUCACAUCUUCCAAAACAUGAAAAACCAGCCAGCAGUUUUAACAGGUCUGAAUUAUCGUCAUCUUCUUUUGUGACUAAUACACAACAGUUUCAUGUUUCCCCUCUGCUUUUGUCAGGAUCUGAAGUUGGGACAACAGAAAGAGAUAAAGUUCUGCCUAGAUCUUCAGAUUCUCCUUACACAAGCGCUUUUUUAUCAACAAAUACUUCAUCAGGACGUAGAAUUCAGAAGCAGAAAGGUGAUGUUUAUAUAACCUUCAAAAUGGUGAAUGACAAGUUAGCACCUCGUAACAAGAGAUCAUUUACAUGUACCUUCUGCUCUGCAGGUUUUACUUUAAAAUCAAACAUGGAAAGGCACAUUAAAAGAAAACACCCAGAACAUGCACGACCAACAAGAAGCCGAAAUUUCAUUCCCAAUUUAACCCCCUCUGUGCAGAAACCUAGUCCACCUACUCUUUCUAGCACAACCAGAGCUGCUCUUAGAGUUCUCGUUCUUGGGAACAAAGCACAAGAGUUAACUGCUAACGAGAAAGGUAAAGACCAAAUAGGCGCUUCAGUUAUGGGGAAUUAUCAACAAAAAGAGCUUAAUGUUAUUGUAUCUCAACAUUCUGCUUCUUUUGAAACAGGUCAUGAUAACAAAGGAGCUAAAACGUCGUGUGGCAAUCAUUCGAGUAUAAGUAACACCAAUAAAAUAGAUUCGAGUGAUUCAGGAGCCACUACAGACUUAGCUAGCGUUUCUUCACUCAUUGAUACCGCCAAUUCCCAAGCAUUUCGCCAAUAUUUGAUGAAUGCUAGGACCGACAAUAACCAAUCUAGCUAUAACUGUGGGAUUUCUGACAAGAAAGAAACAGAGAACAAAGAACAGAAGAUCACACAAUCUGUUAGCAACACUUCUGUUUUUAAAAAUAAAAGUUACUGUAUAGAUUCUCCAAAUAGUGUUUCCUGUCCCUUUUGCUCACGAAAAUUUCCCUGGACAAGUUCUCUGCGUCGACAUAUUUUAACUCACACUGGCCAAAAACCCUUUAAGUGCCCUCGAUGUCCAACUUGGUUCACCACAAAGUCGAAUUGUGAAAGACACUUAAUUCGUAAACAUACUCGUAACAAUGAUAUUAAAUCGAGAACUGUCCCGGAAAGAUUAUUUAAGUGCAAUCAGUGCCAAAGUAGUACGUUUUCCACUCCAGGAAACCUAAGAAAGCACUACUACUUGAAGCAUUGGACCAAAAAAGGAAACUUUUUUGGACCUCGCCAUUCAGAUUCCGAAGUGAAUAAUUGUAAAUGUUGUGAAAAUCAGUCUGCCAUUGUGACAGCGUGCAAGGAAGAACGAGAAGAAUUGGUUAAUUAUAGCGAAAUAGAGAUAGAAGGUAAUGUUUCUGGUUCAGAUUCAAAACAACAUAAAAAUGUGAACGAUGUCCACUCUCAUUGCUGUGAUAAAACCUUUCUUUCGCGUAAAGAUCUUGAAACCCACGUAGGACAAUAUGUGGAUUUACCCUAUAAAUGUCACCUGUGUGACACCUCCUAUGACAAGAAGCAAGAUUGUCUUGACCACUUGAGGCUCGCCCAUAACUCUGAAUACCAGCUGUUAAUAAGUAAAGGAGCGUUAGCCCAACAGAGAUCAGAAGAGGUCAUGAUACCCUCAUCGAUAGACAUGAACGCUUUGAAUAAUAAUAAUGAGGAUGAAGAACAUGGCUCCAAAAACAAGCAGUUGGAUUAUAUUCAACGAAAAGUCAUUUGUGUUUUUUGUUUACGUCGUUUUUGGUCAACAGAAGACUUACGACGACACAUGAGAACGCACUCUGGCGAGAGACCCUAUGCUUGUGGUAUUUGUCAUCGUAAGUUCUCCCUGAAGCACAGUAUGACACGGCAUCACCGAAAACAUCAAAAACAUGGAUCUACAGCUCUUCAGGAUAGUACAGAUGAAGACUGUCCACCACUGAAAUAUAGCAUUCGAUCAAAAUUAAGAUCUCGCAAAAAGCCAAGUCAAAACUCUUUACUGUACCUAUUGCCUCGUUCGAAAAGUUUGGAUCAUCCCAUAUCGGAAUGUACUGCCACACGCGCAUUAUCUGUUCAAAAGGAAGUUUCAUCUACAAAUAAGAACUCCCAGGAAAGUACCACGGAGACAAAUGAUGGGAAUACUUUGAUCCAGAAUCUCUUGGGAAUCCAAGAUUCAACAAUUAUUGAUAAGAUGCUUGACUCUGCUGAUUCGGCAGCUAAAUUACUUGGAGUUCAAGAACUAUGACAUUCCUUCAGACUUUGUUAACGUUAUUUUUUUCAGACUUCUACUUUGAUUUUGAGAAAGCUCCACACUGAUUCUUUCUUCAGGUCUUCACCACUAUUCAUUCAAUCAACACUUAAAAAUAUUCUUAAGUGUCUGAAAUUAUAGCGAAACAUGGAUUUUAAAUUUGUUCUUCAACUUCUACAAUAUCUUACACUGAACAUGGGAAAGAGAUUAUUCACAAAUAUAUAGUACUUGCAGUUGAGAAUGACAUUUUCUAUCUAUGAGUAAUCUAAUUGUUUGUUGAUUGCUCCUGAUUAAGCUUUGUAAGAUGUGUUCCUGGUAAGCCUGUUUCUCAGGAAAUACAGUGACCAAGUCAUAUAAUUAAUAAUUAUUGAAUUGGUCAUUUCAUACUAAUAAUUUUAUUCAUAUUCGUAUAUUUAUGCGUAGUUUCUAUUUCGGAAAUCAUUACUGAUUCUGUGGUUGAAUGGAACCAAUUUUACUCUUGACCUGUGUUUAACAGUAUUGUUAUAGCUCUCAAAUUUCUGACAUAGGAAAAUUUUAAUUCAACUUGUGGGUGCUUUAUUUGAAGCUAAGAAAUUUGUGCCUUUGUAAAUUGGACCAUGUAAAGUUUUAAUAUUAAUACAAACUCAGUUCGUCAUCUAAUAGUAACGUUGAUCUUUUGCAUUCGAGGAAAAUGGUCGAACACAUAGACUAUUCAACAGAACAAAGACAAAUAUUGAAAGACUGGAGAAAGAGAUUAAACAAAAUGUGAUAUUUCUAAUUAACAUUCCAGCUACGUUUUGAGGGUUUUUUGUUGUUGUUUUUUGGAAAAUUGUGUACAACGGAAAGAAAUGCCGUUUUUAAUUUUAAUGUUGUCAGAUAUUAAGAAUUACCUUCGUACUUGCUGCGUAUUUCAAGAAAAAAAAAGAUAGGUUCUGCAUAAAAUGUGGUUUUAAAGUUCAUAAUGUUUCUGGAGACUGUUUCCUGUGAUGAUCCACAAAACUGGACCUUUUUGUAUGUGUGUGUGUUAUAUUAUAAAGUGGCACUUCUGAAGUAAUCUUGAGCUGUAAAUAUAUAUUUAUAUGAAGACUUCUAAUUUCAUAACAAGUCCGUUAAUAGCGUUGAAGUAACAUAGAUUGUUAAGAAAUUUUGUAUUCGAAUUCGCCCUGAUACGCGCAUAAUGCUAAGUGUCAUAUUAGUAAAAUCGAGUAUCCGUAACUUGAAAAUACAGAAACGAGGCGUCAAAUAUAACAGCACAGGGUAUAGGAAAUACAGAGACGAGGCGUUAAAUACAUUACUACAGGAGUAUAGGAAAUACAGAGACGAGGCGUUAAAUACAUCACUACAGGGGUAUAGGAAAUACAGAGACGAGGCGUUAAAUACAUCACUACAGGGGUAUAGGAAAUACAGAGACGAGGCGUCAAAUAUAACAGCACAGGGAUAUAGGAAAUACAGAGACGAGGCGUCAAAUAUAACAGCACAGGGAUAUAGGAAAUACAGAGACGAGGCGUUAAAUAUAUGAGCACAGGGUAUAAGAAAUACAGAGAGGAGACGUUAUAUAUGUCAGCACAGGGGUAUAAGAAAUACAGAGACGAGGCGUUAAAUAUAUCAGCACAAGGUAUAGGAAAUGCAAAGACGAGGCGUUAAAUAUGUCAGCACAGGGUAUAAGAAAUACAGAGAGGAGGCGUUAUAUAUGUCAGCACAGGGGUAUAAGAAAUACAGAGACGAGGCGUUAAAUAUGUCAGCACAGGGGUAUAAGAAAUACA